AUGUUGGACCACCAACUACUUGCUUCUGAUAUCAUUCGUCAUACAAUCGAUUUGAAAGAUAUAUCGCAUGCUGAAAUAAUUGAAUUAUUUGACUACUCCAGCUAUAAUUCCCAUUGUCAAUGGCAAGCAGGACUCGUCUCUGCAGCUCAUAGUAUAUGUGUUGCAAAUAAAUUGGAUUAUGAUCUACUGUUCAAUCGAUGGAUAAUUAAAACGACAGACUGGCGUUUAUUCUCUCUGCGAGUUAUUUAUGCGUUACCAAAAGCUGUUUCAAGCCUUUGGUCAUUAUUUUAUGAUGUUCAAUUUCAAACAUUUCUCGGAUCACAACUUCAUUGUCUUCAUCUUGUUUUUGACGACCCAUAUGAUAGUUAUAUGAACACAUUAGCAGUCGUGAUUCGACAUCGUAUUUCAUAUCCAACGAUGAUAUUUGAAGUAAAAAAAGGGUAUGAAAAUCCAUGUUGGGAAUCCAGAAAUGAUCUGUGUGAAAUAAAUUAUCAACUGUGUUGGAUACACACUGUACGGUUGACUCUCAGUUUACAACAUUCAUCCGAACUUAUUCUUCUCUUGAUGCCUGAAGCUUUACCAUUACUCGAACAUCUAAAUGUAACUAUUGAACAAUCACAAAAGAAGUCAUCAGAUGAACAAGGACAAAAUCACCUACAUGUCUUCAAUUAUAUGCGUACCGUGCACAACUAUGAACGUUUUAUUCGUUACUCCGCUACAGUUAUGAAGAACUUCGUUUGUCUGAAUAUGGAAUGGCUAUGGAAAUGGACAAGCAACACAACACAAUUAAUUACAAGUCUUAAAGCACUAAGACAAGUUGAGACGCUUCAUUGUGCAUGUUUUGGAAUAAAUAAUGAAGCAGAGAUCGUCGCAAAUCCAGAGCAAUCCAAUCCGUGCAGUCAUCUUCGUUCAUUGACAUUUCGAUUCAAACAAUAUCUUCCCUUGAACAGUUCAGAGUAUCAUUCACCACUGAAAAUAAUUCUAGCCGCAUCAACUCAUCUUUCUCAUCUCCAUGUGUCAUGGCAAGGUUUUCGUCGCUGUUCUGGCAGUUAUCCGAUGAUCACAGAUAUUAAUCUCAUUCUGAAAAUAGGAGAUCAUGCAUAUUCUGAUGUCAAUCGCUUGAAUAUGCUCACACCUAAAGUGCGUUAUCUCGCUAUUGCCGGUCAUCUGUUGAUACGAGAAAAACAUCUAAUUGAUUUUGUAUUCUGA